AUGAACGGAGGAAACUCUUCUAACAAUGUUAAUGGGUUACCUAUGAAUUUGGACAUGAACUUAUCGUUAGAUUCACUUGAUCAUCAACAAGUGCCUUUGAGAAAUACCCGUAGAAGAUAUUCACCCGAUAUUAAUGGAAAUCUGCAAUCCCAUCUUCUCCAACCAACCAAUUAUUUCAUGCAAAACCCUAAUCACGAUCCCGUUGCCAUCACCACCGGUGCUCGUUUAAGCACUAUGACGUCACCUCUGAUCCAAACCAAUAGUCCGUCCAUGAUGUGGCCGCAGCCGCAGCAGCCAAUUCAUGAUCAAAACCCCAUCCCCGUCCACCAUUUCUCUCCAAUUGAUUAUAAUGAGUUUUCCUAUCCUAAUCAAAAUCAACUCCCUCUUCACAUGAGUGUUAAUCAAAAUCAACCCUCUCCCCACAGUGUUGAUCAAGAACUGCAAUCUUACUUGGCUUGGCAGCAGACACAGAAUUAUAAUCAAAAUCAAUCACCUCCUCCCAGUUUUAAUCUUGGCUACUUCAAUCCCCAAUACCUGGAAUCCUACUUGGAUUGGACCCGGGCACAGAAUUAUACUCUACAAAUCAUGAAUAAUUAUAUUGUUAGAGCUUCAACCGGCACUAAUUCCAGGCCCAUUGCUCCUGCUGCUGUUACUAGACUGUCGUCAUCAAGGCGUAACAGCCGCAAUAAUAAUAAUAAUAAUGCUUCAAAUGUUCCCGCUAUUUAUCAACAUAGAUCAAUCACAACUGGAAGAAGGAGAAGGAACAUGCUUGUUAGCUCCAUGUUUGAAUCAAAUGCCCCAGCUGCAGCUGCUGCUACUGCUACUGCUACUGCUACUGCUAUUGUCUUCGGGGAGAAUUUCAUAACUCCUGAUAAUUUUUAUAAUAUGAUGACUCAUGAGGAAAUAUCCAUAAGUCCGAUGCGAGAAGAAGUUGACCAUGAAACUGGAUUGAACGAGGGAGAGAUUAUGAUGAGCGUGCAUAGACUGAGGCAUUGCCAUUAUUUGUUAAGUGAACAUGAAGGAGAAGAAGAGUUUAACCAAGAAGAGGAUGAUAUAUGCAAAUUGAGUUGCAAUCAUAUUUACCAUUUUGAAUGCAUUAAGACAUGGCUAAUGCAAAAGAAUUUUUGCCCAAUUUGUAAAACACCUGCUAUGUUUUUUUAA